GCUAACCGCUAACGCAAUCACCAAUCGCAUGGCUUCCCUGCUCCUCCUUAUCGCCGUUAUCUUCACGGCCAUCUCGCCGGCAGCAAUCGCCGCCAAUGAAAACUCCACCGACUUCAUCCUCCGCAACUGCGCUGCAACCCUCUACCCCCAACUCUGCUACAAAUCCCUCAAACCCUACGCACCAACCGUCAAUCAGAACCCGUUAACCCUCGCCGUCGCCGCGGCCAACGUCAGCCUCUCCAAGAUAAAGGGCGCGUCUUUUCAGGCGGUGAGGUUGAGGCGCAACAGCACGGGGAGGGCCGGCGCAGCCCUGCGUGACUGCGUUGAAUCGCUUCGGACGGCGGCGGAUCUGACUAAGCAGUCUGCGUUGGAAAUCAAGAAGCUCGGGCCGGCGGCGCAGGCAGGCGGGCCGAGUUUCGCUUGGGAGGUAUCCAACGCUCAGACGUGGAUGAGCGCUGCUCUCACUAAUGAAGAUACUUGCAUUGACGGUUUUGACGACGUCGGCGGCGGCGGCGGCUCCGCUGCAGUGAAGGUAUUUAUUGGAACUGUGGGGAGGGUGAAGCAGUAUACUAGUAACGCUCUUGCGCUGCUCAACGCCCUUGUGGUUGGAUGAAUCUUCUGUGGGUUAUAAGGUGCGGCUAAGCCGUUCAUUUUAUUUUGGACGAUUAAGAUUAUUGGAUUGAUCGAACUUUAUUUUCUCUUAUCCGUCCAAAAUGAACUACAAGAUCCGGACACUAGGACAGUAUUAAAUAUAUGGUACAGUUACCAUUGUAAUUAUAAAAGAUUCGAGCUGUUUGCAACUCUGACCUUCUCAGGCGAUGAGUGAUCAUUAGUUUGUUCUUUGUAAAGAGAAAAUUGCAUUGUUCUGUUUGUCUUUUAUCUGUUAUAUGCUUUGGUACUUUAUGUGUGUAAAAAUAAACAAUAUAUAUGUGGAUUUUAUUU